AUCUCCGGAGAGAGUGGAGUCACAGUAGCUGCAUUUUUUAAAGAGCAAAAAAGAAAAACAAAACAAUAAAGUCAACACACGUAUUUAUGGAAAAUUGCACUCUCGAUAACCUUGCGCCGCCGCGUUGAUAAGGCCGAUGCGACCUCCUAUUCCGCCUUAGAAUCGGAUUCCUAUUCCGUUUAAGAUUCAGAUUCCGAUACCGCCCAGCAGUGCCUUUUCCCAGCCGAGUGCGAUUCUGUAUUCCCAACGGAUGGUUUUUGCCCGCUCGCCGCUCUUGGUUGUGUGUAAGCUGGAUCUCUGGCGUUAGUCGAAGUUCGGAAUUCCCAGAAACGAGAACAUGACCUGGAGACUACUUCCCGCCCUGCUCGUGGCUCUGGCCUUAGCUCCGUCGCUGCCAGUCGACGCCCGGUUCUCGGCCAGCUCGAACCACCGAUUCGGUCUGCGCCUCAUCACCAAGCUGGGAUUGGAUCAGCAAGAUGCCAAUGUGGUCGUCUCUCCCUUGAUAGUCCAGACACCUCUGGGCCUGCUCUACGCGGGCAGCACUCCGGGUCCUGCAAGGGAGGAGCUCCGUCAGGCCCUGGAGCUGCAGUACGCCGGCAGCCCAGCUGAAGCAAUCCAAGACAUCCAGAAUAUGCUGACCCACCUCAAGCAGUCCGCGGCUGUCGGGUGUCGGUUGCGGUUGCUCAGCGACUUUUACACCCAGCAGCGCUUCACCUUCAGCUUCCGCGACGAGUUCGAGGCCCAAGCCUCUCGCCUCGGAGUCGGUUGCCAUCGCCUGGCCUGGGAGAGUGCCUCAAAGGCGGCCCAAGACAUCAACUACGAGUAUCUUAGCCGCAGCAACUUUAGCCUAGGGGAGCUGGUCAGUGAAUCGCAGCUAGAGUCUCUGUCCGAGCACGGCACUCCCUUCUUACACGUCUCGGCGCUGACAUUCCGUGCUCCCUGGGCGCAGGCCUUUGAUCCGGCGGAGACGCAGAGCAUCAAUUUCUUCGCAUUGGGCAACCGGCCCAGGCUAGUGGAUGCCAUGUUCGGUAUUCAUCGCUAUAAGUACGCAGAAGUACAGGCCCUAGAUGCCCAGCUGAUCGAGGUGCCGUUUGCCACAGCCGAUCUGCGGUUGCUUGUCAUCUUCCCGAAUCGCGCCGACGGAUUGGCCCAUCUGGAGAGGAAGUUGGCACAGUCCGACUUGCAGCAGCUGAGGGAGCAGUUAGAGGAGCGGAAGGUGGCCCUUACCCUGCCCAAGUUUAGGGUCCUGGUUCACUCCCAGCUAACGGCAGUGCUAAAGGAGGUGGGCCUGGCCAAGCUCUUCACCUCGGAGAUCCAGCUGAGUGAGGUAUUUAGCUCUCUCCUGUCCAGCUCGGCUCCCCCCUUGGGAGCGGUGGUGCAGAGCAGCCUGCUUCAGAUCCAGGAGGAAGGCGGCAGCGCCGGCGAUCCAUUCUCCUUUGGGGAUCUGUUUCGACGAGCCCUGCCCCUGGUCAUCAAUCACCCGUUCUUCUACGCCAUCGGCAAUGACAAGACCCUGCUGCUGGCCGGCCACAUCGUGGACAUCUGAGUUACUUAAUAUUCGAUUCCAAUGCUAGCUCUUGCCGGGGUUAUCGCCUUAUCAGGCCCUCUCCAAUCGCUCAAAAUAAACAGAUUCACCAGCGGCAAGCCAAAGGUGACAAAUGAUUUGUAAACACA